ACUCCUGAGCAAUCACUGUCUUUUCUAUUUUUAUGAGAUACUUAAGUGUUUUUAUCUACUAAUCAUAAGUACGAGAUAUAACGCGAAGGUCAGUUUUCGAAUUGAGUAAAAAUUUUCUUAUCCAUUUAUCGAUUAAAGUCAUAUAAGAAACGCAAGCAAUAAUGCUAUCGCGGGCUGUUUUAUUUGUGAAUUUGAAAACAGAAGUAAUUCUUCGAAUAUGCGCAAAGAUAACGUGCGAAAACAGUAAUAAUCGUGGCCGUAUUCUUCGUAUUAUUUCGAAAUGCGAUGAAAUGCGUGAUACAACUAAGCAAAAUAGUAAAAUGAGAUUAAUUAUGACCGAUACUUUCUUUUCAAUACCACAAGGAAAGUUAGUGUUCCGACAAUUUAAACUGCCUGACAGAAAAGGAGCAUUAAUGCAUUUUAAACCAUAUUAUUCAUUAGCAACAUCUUUACCACGAUUAAUAAACAAUUACGAAUGUGUAUCUUUAGAUAAGGAUCUGACAUACGCUCUUGCAUGCGUUUUAAUGAUUUCUUUAAAUAUAGAAAAACAUAUAAAUAGACGAAUGUUCAAAUUUCUACUUCCUGAUUUUGUUAAUAUAUUUAUAGAACACAUUCCUACUGUUGGUAAUUUUGUUUGCAUGCAGGUAGUGGUAAAAAGUGCACAAAACAAUGUGCAUAAAAGUUGUAAUGAUGCGCUGAAAAUACUUAAAAAUCUGAUGCAGGAACUGUCCAUAACGGAAGAUGAAUUAAUUUUUCCUUAAGAAUAUACAUCUGUUUAUAUAUAAAUUUAAGAAUUAAAGAAAGAUCG